ACGACAGACACGAAACGUUUACGAGAGACGUUACAAACAACAACGGAAUAUUCAAUACAACAUGUUCGGUUUUUCGCUUGGUUUCGGGGCUGCGAAGCCUGCACGUGAGCCAGCGAGUUCCUCAAAACGCACUCCCUUGCUGGCGAUGAUCCCUGAAGAAGAGCUCUCAGAGUCGGAACUGGAACUGGAACUGGAACUGCCGCGGUGGGAUAAACACACGGCCAGGAAGCGGCGAUGGUUCUCGUCAAACGCCCGCGGCCAGGCUACACCACCGUCUCGACGGAUGCGCGUCUGUCGUGGGAUGAAGGGACUGUUCUGGAGGAUCAUCAUGAUUCUUGGAAUCGUCAAGUUCCUGUCGAUCGCCUGGUCCAGCGUGGUGCUCCUCUUCCUCGACGAUCUCGACUCGAACCUCGACUCGUGGGUGUUCCCCGGCGGCCGACCGUCGAUCUUCUCCCACUGGACCACCCACGGCGUCGUCCCCGUCCAAUGCCACUCGCACAACGACUACUGGCGGCCUGUCCCCCUAUACUCAGCCAUCGAGGCCGGCUGCAUCGGCGUCGAGGCCGAUAUCUGGCUGUCCGACGACGAGCUACUGGUCGGCCAUAACCGCUUCACCCUCCACGACGCGGUCACCCUGCGCAGCCUCUACCUCAACCCCUUGCUCGAACUGCUGCAGACACACAACACCCGUUCGAGCCGUCUGCAACCCGAGACCCUCGACGCAGACGGCACCCAACACGGCGGCAAAGGAGAAGAAGACUCUGCCCCGGCGGGCGUCUUCGCCAACAAUCCCUACCAGACCCUCGCCCUGCUGAUCGACUUCAAGACCGCCGGGGAAACCACCUGGCCGCAUCUGGUCAAACAACUCGAGCCCCUCCGCGAAGCCGGCUUUCUCACUUUUUUCAAUGGCGUCGAGGUCGUCAACAGGCCCAUCACCGUCGUCGUCACGGGCGACGCCCCCUUUGACCACGUCCUCCUCGCCACAAACACCACCCACCGCGACAUCUUCUUCGACGCCCCGCUCGACCAGCUCCUCGAAGCAGAGGGAGACGUCUACAACUACACGAAUAGCGACUACGCCUCGGUCGAUUUCCGCAAGACCAUCGGCCACCUCGCCUCCAACCGCUUCUCCCAGGGCCAGCUGGAUCUCGUCCGUGCCCAGGUCGACGCCGCCCACGCCCGUGGUCUCAGAGUUCGGUACUGGGGCACCCCGACUUGGCCGCGCGGCUUGCGCAACCACGUCUGGCACGUUCUGGUCAGGGAGCAGGUCGACCUGAUCAACACGGAUGAUCUGCGCGAGGGCACGAUGCAGGACUGGCGUAAACAUCGGAGUUGGUUUUUCUGAUUUCCUUUUUCUUUGCUUUCUUGAUCUUAUUUGAUAGCUACUGUAUAUAUAAAAUUACUUUCGCUUUUUACGUAUGGAAUGUAAAACGCCUAAUAUGAGACUUGAAUAGAAGUAUGAACUGCAUGAUCAAGAUCAUCAGCAAAAAUAUUAUCUCAUGUUAAUUGGCCU